AUGUCUGACUCGGAAGGAGAAGACCAACCCACCUAUCUUGACGAAGAAUUGUUGGAAGUCGGUGGAGAAGAGGAAGAACCAACAACCUCCAACAACAAUAACACGGAGAAUGCAAUGGUGGAUGAAAAUGUUGCCUCCUCGGGAGCUGAAAACAAAAAACAAAAGAAAAAGAAGAAGCACAAAGAAAAUGGAGCUGAAAACAAUGAAGAACAAGAAGAAAGCGCUAGCUCCACUCUCAAACAAGACCACUCCGGAAUUACAGCAAACGUAGAAAUUCAUAUGGGACCUGAUACAUCGGUAUCUACUUAUAUUUUCCAUAAGGAAAGCCAUACCAUGGGUAAUGCUCUCCGAUAUAUUCUCAUGAAGAACAAGAAGGUGAGCUUUUGUGGUUACACUGUUCCUCAUCCUCUAGAAGCUAAAAUGAAUUUGCGAUUGCAAACUGUAGACGAAAAGUAUCCUGCAAAGGAAACCUCGAAGAAGGGUUAA